AUGGCCGGAACCAAGCCGACCGCCAGGAAGUCCACUGAUGGGAAAGCCCCCGGCAAACAGGGGGCCACCAAAGCGGCCUGGAAAAGCGCGCCCUCUACCGGUGGGGUGAAGAAGCCUCAUCGCUACAGGCCUGGGACCAUGGCUCUGAGAGAGAUCCGUCGUUACCAGAAAUCGACUGAGCUGCUCAUCCGGAAGCUGCCAUUCCAGAGGUUGGUGAGAGAGAUCGACCAGGAUUUCAAAACCGACUUGAGGUUUCAAAGUACAGCCAUCGGUGCCCUCCAGGAGGCUAGCGAAGCAUACCUGGUGGGGUUGUUUGAAGAUACCAGUCUGUGUGCCCUCCACGCCAAGAGAGUCACCAUCAUGCCCAAAGACAUCCAGUUGGCUCGCCGGAUUGGGGAGGGGGGGAGCUUAAGUUGA